GGGAGCAUCUCUGAGAAGAGAACAAUGGAGAGCUCUUGAAGGACUGUUCUCCGUAAAAGUGAUCUUGGGCGAGUUGCCCAGCUUCUGUUUGGGAGCAUCUUUGAGAAGAGAACGAAGGAGAGCUCUUGAAGGACUGUUCUCAUUAAAAGUAGUGAUCUCGGGCGAGUUGCCCAGCUUCUGUUUGGUAAAAUGACUAGCAGAGUGAAUGAUCAGAACCUCAUCCUUUACCCCUAUGCAUAUAUAUGCAUCUAUGUAUCACCUUGAAUGCUCAGAUGAUAAAUAUUUUUAUUUUUGAUACGUUCUGAGUUUCUUCAUGGCUGGGGCAGUAGUUGUAGCAUCAACUAUUGCUGGUGGAGUGGCAGCAAUAGCAAAUGUGGUUAGUGCGGCAGCUGAUGCAAAGACAGCCUUUGUGGAUCCAUAUAUUAGCAACCAUACUUCUUCAAAUGAUGUAAAGGAGGUUCGUGAUAAAUUAGACAAGUCAAUAGGAAGGCUACACGCAAAAAUGAAGGAUUACAAGAAAGAAGUUGAACAACAUGAGAUAAAGGAACAAUCAGAAAUUUUCAAGCAAUGGAUUAAAGAUGUUUUAGAGCUCGAGGAUCAAGUGAAAAAAUUAAUAGUCAAAUAUGACAAGGAAAGUGAGAAGUUAUCUUCCAAUUGCAAUGAAGAAAUGAAAAAGAAGCUCGAAAAAGUGAACGAACUUUUGGGAUUUGGAAAUCAAAUAAAAGAUCAGUUGAUGGUUGAUCAACAACUGAAAUCUGUUGUCAAGAAAAAGGCACCUUGUAUUGAGAAAAUUCAGAUGUUCCAAGAUAGACUUAUGGAUGUAUUAGAAUCACUAAGAAAUGAUAAAGUUAGUUGGAUCGGAAUCAGUGGGAUGAUAGGAGUUGGCAAAACAACCAUAAUGUUAAACUUGAAUAACCAUAAUGAAAUUGCUGAAUUAUUUGACAUAGUCAUUUGGGUGGAUGUUUCUAAAGUAGAUAGUGAUAAAAACCUUGAUGCUAAGGAUUUGCAAUGCAAAAUUUUGAAAAGAUUGAAUAAGGAAAGCACUGAAGAUGCACAUACCAAUGCAAGUAGAAUAUCAAUGACAUUAAUGGAUAAGAAAUAUCUGCUACUUCUAGAUGAUGUUAAGAAAUGUCUCAACUUAGGUGAGAUUGGAAUUCCUGAUGGCAAAAAAGGUAGUAAGGUUGUUUUGACCACUAGACAUAUUGAAGUUUGUUCUUCGCUAGUGAAUAGGGUAGUCAAUGUGAAACCAUUGUCUAAGAAUGAUGCAUGGGAGAUGUUUCAAGGUAUCCUAGAAGACCCUGAAUUUCAUAAAGAUCGACAAAAAAAUUACCUUGCAAGGAAAGUAUUGAGCAAUUGCCAUUAUAUUCCACUAUUGAUAGAACAGCUUGCAAAAACCAUCAAACAGAAAAUCAAAAUGAAAGAUAGUUCGUUCAUUUGGGAAAUUGGAUGCAAUUUGCAAUUGUUGCAUGAGCAAGCAUCCAAAGAGCACGUAGAAGAGUAUUAUAACUUGUUAAAAGGAUUCUACUAUAGGCAAAUGGGUGAUGUCGUCCAGAAAAGAUGCUUUCUUUUUAGUGCCUUGUAUCCCGAAGGGAGUGACAUCUACUUUGAACAUUUGAAGGAGUGUUUGGCAGCAUUAUAUUUUGAUGGCAAUGACUAUGAGAAUGUAUCUUGGAAGGUGUGUAAUACCUUGGAACACCUUGUGAAUCUUUCAUUACUUGAAAAAAGUAAAGAGAACUGUGUUACUAUGCGGAAAUUUAUAAGGAAAAUGGCUUUGUAUUGUGCAUCAGAGGAUCCGGAAUGUAACUAUCUGGUUAAAACAAACGAAGAAUUGCAAGAAUCCCCAGAUGCAGAAUCCUGGAGGAAUCAGCAUCAUGUCUCGCUGGGUCAGAAUAAAUUUGGUUGGUUACCGCCUAUCCUAGAAUGUAGUGACCUUUCAACACUUCUCUUACAGGAAAAUUGGAAUUUGAAGGAAAUCUCUCCAUCAUUUUUCCAGUAUAUGAAGAAGCUUAAGAUUUUGGACAUGUGUCAAACUGGAAUUGAGUCCUUACCAUCAAGUAUAUCAAAUCUGAGCAAUCUCAAGGUGCUCUAUUUGCGAGAUUGUCGGUCUCUGAAGCAGCUUAAUUUUGCAAUACAACUUCCACUUCUUGAAGUGCUUGACAUUCGAGGUAGUAAGAUCCACAACAUACUAACUCAUACCAAAAACUUAGAGCAUCUAAGACGGCUGUGGAUAUCCUUUGAGAAAUGUAGAGUGGAAAAUGGCACAGAAGUAAGAUUGUCUCAGUUAUUUGCACUGGAGGAAUUGGUUAUCCAUAUGGAAUCGUUUGAUCAAUGGAACAAUAAGGUGUUGAUUAAGGAUAUAGUAAAAGAAGUUGCCAGUUUGGAAAAGUUGAGGAGCCUUCAGUUCUUCUUUCCUGAUAAAGAAAAGGUCAUUAAUGUCAUAAAAGAUGAACCUAUGCUUGAAGUGCGUGUUCCUCAUGUAGAGAUUCUUCAAAUUUUUAUUGCGCAAAGCUGCUUAUGGAGAAAAUUCAGUCACAAAAAACCGUUUCUACUUUUCAUUGGCUGCCAAAUUCCAGAAGAUCCUCUUUUUUCUGUGACAUUAGGGUAUGAGAAAUAUAUUAAAUAUGGCGAUGGUGAAGGAACCGACCCUCAAAUUCCUGAGGUACUUGCUAAUGUCGAAGCAUUUGAAUUGGUCAAUCACAAGGAUAUCAUGCAACUGUCAGACUUUGGAAGAGUGGACCGUGCAUUAUCGAACUUACAGCAUUUAUACUUGAAAGAUCUACCAAAUAUGACAAACAUUUGGUCAGAACCAGGGGAAUGUGGAAGCUUAGUAAAACUCAAGACUCUAGUUUUGAGUGGAUGCCCAAUGCUGACCACUAUUUUUCCUGCAAAGAUAAUUCAACAACUUCGUAACAUGGAAUCUUUAACAGUUGAGAAUUGUCCAGGAGCAGUUAAAAUAUUCGAGAAAUUUGAAAAUGAUGGAAAUGGUCUGAAUCAGUUGCCAAAACUGAAGGAAAUGGAGCUCAAUGAAUUGCCGAACUUAGAAAAUAUCUGGGCUGAUGAGUCAUCAAAGUGCCAAUCCUUGAAGAAGCUUACUCUUUUUAACUGUCCAGGCCUGGUUGGAAAAUCAGUGCAAAUUAAUGCACCAAAUCUUGAAAGUUAUGGGCAACGUUGGUAGAAUGCAUUGCAACAGCAGAAUUAUGUGAUUUGCAUUUUGAGCUUACUAGCUGGUGCAUAGAGUUUUCUGGUGAUGUAUCUCUGGAGUUCGGAUUCCUUGUCCUCUUCUCAUUAUCGCUGGAUUAAUUCAGAGAUUCUAAUGAUUCGGGCUCCUCGUGGUUGGUUUUUUGUUGUUGUUGUUGUUGUUCCUCUCUCUCUUUAAAAGUUAUUCUCUUGUUCUAAGUCCUAUGUAAAGACGAAAAUUUUUGAAACAGAAACCUUAAGGUCAGACCCAGUAGUUGUGUUCCUGUAUCUAAGAAAUAAGCUUUCUCUUGUGUGUUUUGUUGACAUUCUGAAAUUCAUGAUGGGGGUGUUUGGCUUA